UUGGUGGGUAUCUCCCCAAACCUGACACCUGUUGACGUCUUCAAAUUUAAGAGUUCGAGUAAAAUCGUUUCUUACUGUUUCUUAUAUUACGAUAUUUAUAUGAAUUAAUUAAGAGUGACAGGUAGUUGCUGAAGCGAUGAGUAAGAAGUGGUACCGACAUCGCUAGUCAUUUUGUAAUGUAGUACACGAGGUAUGAUUGGAGUAAAAAAAAGAGACAUUUUACAGCCAAUUGAUCCUCUGAUUGGUGGGUAUCUUUAGGGGGUCUUUAGCAGUGGGAGGAAACCGGUGGACCCGGAGAAAACCCACGAGGUUGGACAGGCGACCCUACUCCUUUUCACGUACAACCAGGGAAACGAAACCACGCCAGUUGACUAAAUGACAGGCCUUAUUAUACAAUGCGCACGCGCUAACUAUUCGGACAUUUAACCCCCCAACCCCUACUUCUGUUAUACGUUGACCUGUAUUGAAAUAGUUUAGACUAUUUUGACUGGAAAUUGACUGAAAAAUACGAAAAUUGAAGAAUGUUUGAUAUCCAACCAUUAUUUCGGUCGGUAUGGGGCACAUUUUCAAAAUGGUCGCCAAAAUGGCUCCAAAAUGUGCAAAAAUCGUAUUUUUAAGCUAUUACUUCGAAUUAGUGCGAUUUAUUUUACUAAGUAUAAAACAUAUACAACAACUUUUGGUCUUGGAAGGAAUUAUUAGUGAGCAGAAAUUCGGCCGUGUAUCUGUUAUCACACGUCACAUCAGUCAGUUAUAUAGAGGUAUGACUCGUGUUUUCCUUUGGCGUUCGUCACUUCCGAUUCAGGAAACUUGUAUUACUCAGCUAUCGUAGCAAUGGUCUCUGUGUUAAAAUUAUAUUUGGAACGUUUCUAAUUAGUUCUAUCACAUAUGUGAUAACGACUGACAUCAAUAUUGUCCUUUAAUUUGAACCGGAUCCAAGAUAUGCGUGUCUAAGUUAUGGGACGAUACCAACAAUGUAUUACCAUUAUAAAAUUUCUGUACAGAAUCUGUUAUGUAACAAACGUCAGUAUCUUUCUUUAUUUCUACCAGUCCAGUAGAACAAUAAUUUAUUACCGUUUCUAUUCUUGUUAUACGUAAUUUCCUUAGAGAGAGACAAAAUAUAUCUCAUUCAUAUUGUUAUUAAACAUGUAUUUAAACAGUUAUUAUGUAAGACAUAAAUCUGCUUAUUGCUGGUCUUUAUCUGGGCCUUAAAUAUUAUAUAAAUUAUUAAUUAGACAUUUAUUAACAUGACACGACCAUCAACAACUCUCGAUGCCAUCGGAUGGCUUCGAAUUUAAGUAGAUUGGAACGGUUUGGCCGUUUAAUGAUUUAAUUUAAGAAUGGAGAAGUGCGGCUAAGACUCGAAUGACCAGUAUGAUGGUUACAAUCAAUGCACGCUCAAAAUAAAGACAUAAACUGAGAAACUCGUGAUAUCACCCAAGGUGGAAGCGGAACGUUAAGCCCCACGAAGGAACAGGGUAUAAUUAUCAUUACUUCUCGAGACAGUGUGUGCCGACAAUCGAAUAUUAUUCAGCUCUUGAAGAUGGGUAAGGUAUUGGUGACCCGCCAGUUGAUCAUCUGCUUAGGAAUCAUACUGGUAACGAUUUUAUUCAUCCGCCAAACACCCUCCCCACGACCAGUAGUGAUACAACAACUACCAUGUGAGGCAUUAUUUGAAAAUCCUGAUGAUUUUCCUUACCAUUUUACAACAAGAAAAACUAGAGUUACCCCCCUUGACUUCAAUCUUUUAACAUCUGGUCACGAUAUUUGUGAAGCCGACUCCAUAGACAUUGUCAUAUUGGUUGUUACCGAACACAAUCAUGUACCAUUACGUCAGAUGAUUCGAUCCACGUGGGGUGCUAAAAAGACCGUGAGGCGGGGGUCGAAACGCUGGAAUAUCCAGACUGUUUUCUUAUUCGGAUUACACCAAGACAAAAAUAUGAAUCAUGAUGUGAAGUUAGAAGCUGCAAUUUAUGGUGAUAUUGUGAUAUUUGACUUUAAAGAUUCUUAUUAUAAUUUAACCUACAAAGUAUUAUUGGGUUUGAAAUGGGUUCAAGAUGCCUGCCGCCAGGCGAAGUAUGUAUUAAAAACGGACGACGAUACUUAUUUAAAUUUGCCUGAAAUAUUACAAAGACUGGAGUCUGAGGAGUGGAAUACAAAAAUAUGCGGUUGCUUUUCUCAGUCCGAGCCGGUUGAAAGAAAUGACAUUAAAUCAAAAGUUAGUAUGAAAAGCUACCCUAUUAAGAAUUAUCCCCCACAUGUAAAGGGUAGGGCAUAUUUCAUGCCCAGACAUAUAGCAACUAAACUAGUGAGUGUCGCGGAAUAUAUCCCAUACGUCAAUAUAGAAGAUGUACACGUGACGGGUAUAUUAGCAAAAAGCGUGGGAAAUAUCGAGCAUCGCGGUUUAACAGAAGAGGAAUAUCACCCGUAUCACCCGGCCAAAAAUUGUGAAAUAUUAAGCGGUAAUAUUUUAGUGUCAUCAACAACUGCCGAAACCGGACUGGCAAUAUGGAAGGAAUUGCAAGAUGGUAAUACUCAUAAGAAUUGUGACCAAACAAACUACUAGAGUAGUGCCAGUUCCUACCACUAUUUUGAAAAUGAAAUCUUAAUCAGUUGCUGAUAUUGCUCAAACAUUAUUUGAUGGGUUCUUCCAUGGCGACUACACAAUAACCGAAACAAUAUUUAGACAAGGUUUUAAUCAGCAAGCUGCUUUUAUAUGAGCCUUGAAGGUGUUCAUUUAAUAAUUUCAAUUACUAUUCAAUUGAUCGUAAGUUUGCGUCCAUUCUUGCUGCCAUGUGUUCAUUUAGGUAUUUUCAUGUGAUCGUAUCUUGUCCGCAUGUUUGUCUUCUGUAAUUGUUUAUGUGUAGCGGGGUCCUCCUGUAUAUAUUAUUAGAACUCUUCUGAGUUAAUUGACAUACCGGACCAACCAGAAAUAUUUUAAAUGUUAAUGUGGUGUACUGCAUUCAUUAAUCAUACAUCAACAAUUCAUUCAAAUACAUAUUCAGCAUUUAACUAUAUGAGUAUGAGGAGAACUUCAUUAAAUAUUUUAAAUACAUAGUUUUUUCAUCGGGUUAGAUUCGAUGACUAUUUGGGUACAAGAAAACCAACAUUGCAUGAUGAUAGAAGGAAAUUUUCCAAAUCCCAACAUUUUCGAAACCAUUAUUAUGUUAAAAUCUCGGGUUAGAUUGGAUUCUGAUCUUAGUAACCAUAUUUUUUUUUAUCGGCAAUACCUGUGAUAUAUUCGUCUAGUUCUGGAAAUGUGCCCCGGAAUAGUAAAAUUUUGUUAUACAUGACAAUACUGUUACUCAGCCUCCAGGACAGGGAGGGGGGGGGGGGUGGAUGGCCGAAUGGUUAGCACGUGCCCACUGUAUCAUAAGGCCUGUCAUUGAGUCAACUGGCGUGGUUUCGAAUCCCCAGUUGUACACGACAGGGAUGCCUGUCCAACUUCGUGGGUUUUUUCCGGGUCUCCAGUUUCCUUCCACUGCUAAAGACCCCUACGCGCAAGCGAAUUAUUGAAAUAAAAUUAAACCAUGUUAGUCCCGAAAUGACCCAGUUUGUGUCGAGUGGACGUUAAACCCCAUUUCUCUCUCUCUGACUCCUGGACACACUGUUGACAUAACGAUUUAUAAUUUGUAUGAGGAUAUAAUUUGUACUGUUUUUGCUUAGAGAAAUCCUGCCGAUUUCAUUGUUUACAUAUAUUUAAUCUGGUUGCAUUAAAUUUCUAAUUCUAAAACAGAAAUGGAUGUCCUGUGGAACAAAUAUUUUUUGUUUAACUACUUAUAUGAAUUCAAUGGCGGCGGGGCGCUCAUAUGUUUUUUUUUUCUUUCUAAUUAACGUAAAUGAAAGUAGAAUAGCGACGACCAAAUGUUACAUCUUCCGAGAGUAUUUCUGGUGUGGUGGUGAAAUCAAGGAUACAAAACAGAUAUUCUAUUCAUACCCGGUAUUAUUGUUUUCAUAUGGGGUUUGAAAGUGAACACUUACUAUUGCUCAAUUUUGUAUAAUAUCGUUCAUAGUAUUUUCUUUUUCACCGACUGUUAUAGUUUGUAUUGUAUAGCAUGCCUUAAAGCCUUGUGCAUACAUGUGAUAUUUUAUCCUGCUCGAGCAAUUCUUACGCAACCAGCGAUUUUGUUUAACUCACGGUUAUUAUGUAUGUAUGCGCGAACAAGAUUUUUGCAGGCGACUGUUCACGUAUUGCUACCGCUAAUAAUGACUGUGACAAAGUCAAAAUGGCGGCGCCCAUGGAUGAAAAUCUCGUCGCAUCAUGUUAGUUUAACUUGCACAGAUUGGUGAAACAAAAAAAUUGGCCGCAUAUAGAGCGAUUAAAGUAGCGAAGUCUCUUAACUCAAUAUCAUCCAAAGUCUUACACGUUGAAAACACAAAUUAUUUGUCAAUUCAAACCAACAUUGAUGUUGUGGUCUUAGCGGGAAAAGGUAGGCUUCUGAUAUCCAAUAUUUAAGAUAAAAUAAACAUUUUACAUUGGUACACGAAUCGUGUACCAUAGUGCGUUUCAGCGUCAUGUGUAACAAGUGACCAGUAAGAACGAGGCUAGACAUUCCACAACUCAUUCAAACGGUGAAUGUAAAUCAGUUUAUAUACAAUCAGAUUACAUUAUUAUAUGCGUUGCGACCCAUUUGGGUCAAUUUCUAGAUCCCAAAUAUUAGGGAUUUAGCUCCUUUAAUGUACGAGUUCAGAGCGACAGGCAAUUCUCUGUCGCCGAAAAGCAUACCAUUUUGAUAUUUGGCUACUCAUCGCCGACAAAUGUCGAGAUCCGUUGCUGUAGCUGUCACGCGCACACGGACGUUUUCUGGCAUUUAAUGGGCAAUUUAAAGUCACUUACAUGGCUUAAGAAAAUGGCUCGCGUCCAUAAGACACGCCCUUUUCCAAUUGAAGAAGCCAUCGGGUAUAUAAUUCCAGAAUGAAACUUGUUCAGGGCCGGAUUGUUGUGGAAUGGGAGGGGGUUUGACUGCGUCUUAUUUCACUGUUGAUGCGUGAGCCCCAGUAACAUUUUCAUCCAUGGGCCCCAUACAAGCUUAAUCCUGCCUUGACCUUGACAUUUACAUAAUUAUUACUGAAUUGCUCUGUGUACUGUUAUUUUUUAAGAAUUCACUGUUUUAUGUACUGUAACAUUGUACAAUUGUAUUAUGCAUAAAAUGACAUACAUUUAUAUUAUACUUUUUAUACGCCCACAUUUUCAUGUGAACGUAUAUUUUCGUCGCCCCUGUCCGUCCGUCCACAAUUUGUUUAUGGACACUCAACAGGUCACAAUUUUUAUUCGAUUUUGACGAAACUUAACAUAUAGGUCUAUCUCCCAAAGAUCUCGGUUCCUUUCGAUAUUGGCAUAUAUUGGACCAUAACUUCAUGGAUUAUUACCCCGGAUUGUACGAAAAAUUACGUUUGUAGUUUGUGGACACUCUAGAGGUCACAAUUUUCAUCUGACUUUGAUGAAACUUGAAAUACAUGUUAAUAACCCAAAGAUCUUGGUUCCUUGUGAUAUUUGCGCAUAUUGGAUCGUCACUUCCUGAAUUAUGGCCCCUGAUUGUACGAAAAAUCGAUCGGCUUUUUAGCUUGUGGUCCCUCUUGAGGUCACAAUUAUUAUCCGAUUUUAAAAAAAUAGUUACACUGUAAUGAUGGUUGAGUUCGAAUUUCGUGAAAAUCGGACAAAAUGGUCCCCCUCGUACGCUAAUAGCGUAAAAUAACCCAAAGCUCUUGGUUCCUUUUGAUAUUCGCGCAUAUCGGAAAAUCGGACCAAAACUGCCGGACAAAUGCAAAUAGUGUAAAUAUAUGGUUAAUCAAGGUUGUGGACCAUCUAGAAGCCACAAUUUUCUCCGAUUUUGAUGAAACUUGACAUAUAUCUUUAUAACCCAAAGAUCUCGGCUUUUGUCGACGUUCGCGCAUAUCGGAUCGUAACUUCCUGAAUUAUGGCCCUUAAUUCUACGGAAAAUCUUUUUGUUUAGCUUGUUCUCUAUCCAUCUCUUGCAAAAUGUAGGUGUAUCUGCCUGACAGCCGCUGGUUAAAAGUGUGGAUGGUCGUGUACUCGUUGGCGUUGACGUAAAAUACAUUUCCCUCGUAGCACACUGCGUGGAGCACGACCGUCUUCAUUAGCCCAGUCGGAGUAGUAGGACGUUAAACCCCAUUUCAUUUUAUUGCAUUUCAUUUGCCCGCUGGUUCAGAAACGUAAGACGUUAAGCCGCAUUUCAUAUCAUUUCAGUGGAUGCAAAGCUAUGUAUUGUAUAGAAACGGUUCGUAUACAAGGACCUGUUUUAUCUAGAUCUCACUGCUGGUGUGUAGGUUUACCCUCUAGAAAGUAGAAUGGCGGCGUUGAUCUAUUUUAUAAUAAGAUACUUUGACAGUUAUAAAUCUAAUAAGCAUAUCAAGACACUGGAUCCCGCUUUAAUCUAUUAUAUACCGUGCUUUCAAUUAAGAAAUCUAAUUAACCUAAACAGAUAUCGUAAUGACCAUGACGCAAUGUACCAGUCAUUAUGAUACAUGAUUUGUCAUAACCAGUCGGUUACACCAUUUAGAAUAGCUAAUUGACAAUGUGACUUUCUAUAUUCAGAAUUUAUUCUGUAAUUGUUUAUUUGAGAUUUUUAGCCAGAAGCUGGAACUAGAUUCUAGCUUUGGCAUCAUGAAACUCGAACAGGACCUGGGCGGAUACAACAGUUUGGUAGGGGGUAUAUAUUUAUAUAACAGGGGGUAUCAUAUGUCGGUUAAUGUCCACUUCCAACUUCAGUGAUAGAGCGGACAAAUCUAGAUAGUUGACCGCUCUCAGUUAUUCUAAAUGGUGUAUUCUAGGUUGGGUAUUAUCACCCAUUUUCAUGUAUAAUGCUGUGUAAUUUAUUAUUAUAUAUUAAAAUGUGCAUUUAUAAUUCAUUAAAUAAUUAAACUGUAUUUUAUAAAAUAAA